GCAGGGCACCUCUAUCCAGUUUUUGCACAACGAAUGCGACUUACAGGCAGGGCACCUCUAUCCAGUUUUUGCACAACGAAUGCGACUUACAGGCAGGGCACCUCUAUUUUUUCUUUAAAUGUACACUAUCAAGGCUGGAUAAACCCACAAUUUUCGCGCCUUUUGCGACUUACGGGCAGAGAACCCUAA